AUGCUGGUGAUGCUAGUGAUAGUGCAGGUGUUGGUAGUGGUGCUGAUGGUGAUGAUGUUGGGUUCUCUUGGUAGUGAUGGUGAUGAUGGUGGUGGUCCUGAUGAUGAUGGUCCUGCUGGUGGUAUUAGUAAUGCGGAUGGUGGUGGCCGUGGAGGUGGGGACAGUGGUGGUUAUAGCGAUGAUGAUGGUGUUACUGGUGUUGGUGAUGGUGGUGGUAGUGGUGGUGAUGUUGAUUAUGGUGUUGCGGGUGGUAGUGAUGGUGGUGGUAGUGGUGGUGAUGGUGAUGAUUGUGGUUCUGGUGGUAGUGAUGGUAGGGGUAGUGGUGGUGAUGGUGAUGAUGGUGGUGCUGGUGGUAGUGAUGGUAGUGGUACUGGUAUUGAUGGUGAUGACGGUUGUGCUGGUGGUAGUGAUGGUGUUGGUAGUGGUGGUGAUGGUGAUGAUGGUGUUGCGGGUGGUACUGAUGAUGGUGGUAGUGGUAGCGAUGAUGGUGUUGGUGGUUUUGAUUGUGGUGCCGAAUGUCGUAGUGAUGGUGGUCGUAGUGGCGGUUUUGAUGGUGAUGGUUCUGAUGGUGUUAAUGGUCGGAUUGCCAAACAGUUGGUGCUCGUCUUCAUCCAUCUCGAUCGUCCUAUUUCUUAUCGCACGGGGCAUUUCAUAAACGUUAGCUUUACUUUGAAAAUUGCCUCAACUUUGUCGGGAAUAUUGAUGGUUGAAACUCGAAGCCUUGAAACAAAUGUAUGUCAUAUUUACUUUUUGAAUGGCGAGGNGAACGACUGUAAUAAAGAACUCAUCUUCCGGAACCGUCCGCAUUUCGUUUUGUCCACCUUUGCGCUCGGAAAGCAUUUGACCUGCGUGAUACUCUCAUCAGAGCCCAGCAAUAGUGUAUAUCCAAUGAUUCAUUCGCUCUGA